AUGAUGGAGUACGCGCAUUACCAGCAGCCGGCGCAAGGCCAACACGGUCAUGGUCAGGGGCACAUUCAAGCUGGAUAUCCGAAUUCGGGCCAACAUCCAGGAUCUGGAGCAUCUAUUACCUCACCAUCGCAGCAACCAAUUCAUCCAAAUCACGCAGUACAUAACCAGACGUCGCCAAUUCUCUCCUCACAGCCCCAACAAGCUGGUCAGAAUGCAGGACACGCUAUAAAUCAGCAGCUCCAGUACCAGCCCACCUACUCGGUCCCUCAAGCCGGGAUGCAUUAUGGCAUGGCAGGCAUCACACCUCAAAAUGCCGCAAUGGCUGCCACAGCCGCGGCCGCCGGUCAAGCAGCAUAUCCAUACGCGAUGCCCGACGCUGGUCUACAAACAUCACCACGAAUGGGCGGGAAUCCACCUGUGAAGCAAGAAGUAUCGCGCCGAUCGCCAAAGCAGAUGAAUAAUCAGCUCGUUCAUAAUCAACAGCCUCGAAGAAUGAGCAAUCAGGUUGGAGAAAGCCCAGCUAUUGCGAAUUCUCAGCCUACCAUCAUCCACGGACCAAACCGGCCUUCUGUACCCGCAAUGCCUACAAAUCAACAUCCACAAUCUCCUGAACUGGUUUCCGGAGCUGUUGAGGAAUCGCCUCUUUAUGUCAAUGCUAAGCAGUUCCACCGCAUCCUGAAGCGUCGCGUAGCAAGACAGAGGCUUGAAGAAGCUCUGCGCCUGACCUCGAAAGGACGGAAACCUUAUUUGCAUGAAUCCAGACAUAAUCAUGCAAUGAGAAGACCUCGAGGUCCGGGUGGUCGGUUCUUGACAGCAGACGAGGUUGCUGAGAUUGAGCGAACCAAAGGUGAUGGAGGAGAGGAUGACAAGCCACUAGAAACGCCUGCAAAGGGUGCUCAGAACAGUGGUGGAGGCUCAGGAACAAAGAGAAAGGCGGAAUCAGAUAACGCCACUCCCAGCAAGAAGACCAAACUCAACGCUCGCAGUAGCGCUGAAGAAGACGAUGAAGAAGAGGACGACGCGGAUGACGAUGGUUGA